AUGGAUAACGUGCUCGUUAAGACAACCCAUCUAAAUCAUGGCAUAUUUCUGCUGUUACUGCAACUGCAACUGCAACUGCCACUGCAAUUGCUGGCAUCAACUGCUGACGGUGAGCCACUUAGCAAUGGUGUUGGCCUGGCACUGCUCGAAUCGGUGGCCGCAGCAUUGAAUGCCUCCAGUUGGACGCUGACCGGCAACUGGCCGCCCAACUAUGAGCAGGCGGCAAGCGGGCAGGCGGAGCAAUCGUUUGAUUACAUUGUAAUUGGAGCGGGCAGCGCAGGCUCGAUUGUGGCCAGCCGGCUGAGCGAGCAGUCGAAUGUGAGUGUACUGCUGCUGGAAGCGGGCCAUCGACCGCCCCUGGAAUCAGAGAUCUAUACGCUGAGCGGCACACUGCAUCACGAUGCGCGCUACAUGUGGCUGGAUGAGGCGGAGCCGAGUCCAAAUUGCUGCCUGGCCAUGAAACCCGGACACGGCUGCAGCUGGUGGCAUGGCCGUAUGCUGGGCGGCACUGGUGCCAUCAAUGGCAACAUCUAUGUGCCCGGCAGUGCCGACAAUUUUAAUGGCUGGUGCCAGCGAUUCGGCCUCAAGGGUUGGGAUUGGGCGCAGGUGCAGCGAGCGUAUCGCAAACUGCAAUCGCGUCUGCAGCUCGGCAAUUUUCCGCUGGAGCAGCACAAUCAGCGUCUGGCGGAUCUGAUCUAUGCGGCCAGCGGUGAGUUGGGCGUGCCACGCCUACAACAGCCCCUGAACUCGACCAUCAGUUUUGGGUAUACGCAUCAGGUGCCCGCCACCAUAUCCCGUGGCAGACGCACCAGCAGCGCCCGCCAAUAUCUGGCUCAGCCGGAUGUGCUGAGGCGCCCCAAUCUGAAGGUGCGCCACGGUGCCGAGGUGCAACGCUUGUUGCUCAGCUCCAGUGGAGAGCGCAUGCGUGGCGUCAGCUAUGUGCUCAAGCCCAGCAAUCGCAGGUGGAAUGUGUGGGCGCAUCGUGAGAUAAUAUUGAGUGCUGGGGCACUUAACUCGCCGCAACUGUUGCUGCUCUCGGGCAUUGGCAAUGCCAGCGAGUUGGAAGCGGUGGGCGUGCAGCCACGCCUACAUUUGCCGGAGGUGGGUCGAAAUCUGCAGGAUCAUGGCAUGCUGCCACUUCUGCUGCGCUUCACCAGCAACUGUAGUGCCGCCUUUCGUGGGCGUGGCCCCUUUGAGCCCGCCUCCGUGGCCGAGUAUCUGUUGCAGGGGCAGCAUGGACCGCUCGCCGCCAGCUUCUCAAUGAUGGGAUUUAUUAACUCGAGUGCGCCGGCCAAUCUCACAGGUCAGCCGGAUUUGCAUGUGGUCUCGCACAAGUUGCUGCCACGUGGCAGCGCUGCCAGCUUUGCCUAUUUGGGGUUUCGCAGCGAACUGGUUGCCGCCCAGCAGGCAGCGCUGCAGCAAACGGACAUGUUGCAGCUGAUCGGAUCUUUGCUGAUGCCCAAGUCGCGGGGCCGGGUGCAGCUGCGCAGCGGCAAUCCGGAGCAGAGACCGCUGGUGUGGAACAACUAUGGCGAGCAUCCAGCUGAUCGUGCCACAUUGUUGCGCUACGUGCGCUACGUGCAACGUUUGACGGACACACGCGCCUUUCGCCGCUGUGGCCUGCAAUUGUGGCUGCCACCGCUGACCGAAUGCGAUCGACUCGCUGCUGACUCGGAUGCGUAUUGGUUGUGCCACAUACGCUACAUGUAUGUGGGCGCGUGGCAUGCAGCCGGCACCUGCCGCAUGGCAGCCACUCACAAUGCUGGCGUCGUCGACGAACGGCUGCGCGUGCACGGCAUCAAAGGGCUGCGCGUGGUGGAUGCCAGCAUCAUGCCGGAGAUUACAUCCGGCCAUACGAAUGCGCCCAGCAUGAUGAUUGGCGAGCAGGGUGCCCGCAUGAUACUCGAGGAUCAGCAGUGUCACAUCGUGCCACAGUCAGAAGCGGACAAAGCCAAUCCAAAUACCAUUUUGAAAUAAAUGCAACUUCCAGUUGGAAGCCACAAA